CAAAUCCCGCAGCCCCCCCGCCGUGCCCAUGGAUUCCCUGCUGUUCCUCUGCGCCCGCCGCGUGGCGUCCGUGGCCCCCCUGCCCUCCGUGCCCCCCCACCUGUACCCCGUGCUUUUCCAAGCGGCCUUCCUGGAUGGCAGGGCCCAAAUCCUGCGGGAUUUGGUGGCCCGCUGGCCCUUCCCGGCCCUGCACCUGCAGCGGCUCGUGGGGAGCCGGGAGCUGCUCCGGGACCACUCGUCCAAGCUCUGCGUCCAGGCCGUCAUCGGAGCCGUCCUGGAGCAGCUGCGCCGGGACAUGGAGGAGCCAGGACGGGAUUCCAGCCGCUGCCGUCUGCGCGUGCUGGACGUGACGGGGCUGCCCGAGGACGCCGCCGGCCGCGCCGCGGACGGGAUGAGCGUCUGGUCGGGCACCGUGGCCCUGGCCAAGGCGUGCGUGGAGGCGGCCAAGCAGCAGCGGGAAUGCCGGGAAUUCCAGCGGCGCGGGGCCAAGCGCCACAAGGGCCGCUCCUCCUCCCCCUCCUCCUUCCUCCCCCCUCCUCACCGCGCCGGCGUCGACGUCCACGCCGACUUCUUCGUCAACCGCGCGUCCUACGGCGUGCUGCGCGACGCGCUCCAGGCGGGCGACGCCGGCCCCCUGCGCCUGCGCUGCCGCGAGUUCCAGGCCGAGAAGCUGUCGGUGGACGGCAUCGUGAGCCUGCUGAAAUCCCUGGAGCCCGGGGUGCGGCGCGUGGACCUGCGCUUCCGCAACCUGGGCCUGACGGGGCUGUCGGUGGUGCUGCUGCACCUGUCGCAGUUCCCCGACCUGCGCAGCCUGAAGCUGCAGUACAGCAACGUGGACGUGCGGCGCGCCACGCCCGAGCUGCUGCUGGGCAUCCGCUGCCUGGCCCGCGAGCUGGGCAAGCUGCCCAGCCUCAAGGAGCUCAACCUGGGCUCCUCACGCCUCUCCGGGAACCUGCGCCAGGUGCUCUGCGAGCUCCAGGCCCCUCUGGAAAGCUUGGAACUGGCCUUCUGCUCCCUCCUGCCCGCCGACUUCGCCUUCCUGUGCCAGAGCGUCCACGCGGCCGCCCUCAAGAGGCUGGACCUGAGCGGCCACGACUUCUCGCAGAGCCUCCUGCAGCCGCUGCGGCAGCUCCUGGAGGAGACCUCGCCCUCGCUGCUCCACCUGGACCUCAUGGAGUGCCGCCUGACGGACUCGCACCUGCACUCCCUGCUGGCCUCGCUGCGCCGCUGCUCCCGCCUGCGCUUCCUCGGCCUCUUCGGCAACGCGCUGAGCACGGCGGGGCUGCGCGAGCUGCUGCGCCAGACCGUGCCCUUCCCGGAGCUGCGGCUCGUGGUGUACCCGCUGCCCGUCGACUGCUACAAGCCGGGGCCGCUGCAGCGCCGCUCGGGCUCGCGCUGGCUCCUGGAGGAGCGGCUGGACCGCGAGAAGCUGGGGGCGGCCAGCGCCGAGCUGGCGCGGCUCCUGGAGAGCUCCGGCAGGGCCGACGUGGUGUGGACCUACAACCCCUACGGCCACGGGGCGCUGGAUUACUUCUCCUUGUAGCUCUUCCUCGUGGAGGGGGGAUGGGGGGGAGGUGGGAGCUUCCCUAAGGUCCUUCCGUACGCCGGGAAUGGCGGGAAUUGCGCGGCAUUUCCGCGCGGACAGCCGGGGGGUUCCGGCCCGGCCCGCGGGGUUUCUGCUGAGAGGGGGGGGUUCUGCCUCAGCCCGGUGGUUUUCCAGCUCAUCCCGGUGGUUUUCCAGCUCAUCCUGGUGUUUUCCACCUCAUUGGGAUGAGGUGGAAAAACACCGGGAUGAGGUGGAAAAACAUUGGGAUGUUUUUCCACCUCAUCCCAAUGUCUUUCCGC